CGCGUAAAUGCGUAUGCAACGUAUCGGACAGGCGUGAACUCUCCACAGCAGUAUGAAAUUCAUUCCGAAGUUUACGAGUCAUUUAUGUUGAGAGCAGCCUUCCAUACCUUCCAUAUGGAUGGGAUUUUCCCGCAUACGUUUGCAGGAAUACUUUCGUACGUCUAUUACUGUGCAAGAUUUUUACUUUUUUAAUACUAAUGUUAUAAGUGAACAAUCUUUAACUCAUUUUGAAAAUCGCCAUUAAAAUCUAGUUGCCUGCUGGUUAAUAUCCUAAUUGUGACUAUUCGUUGUCUGUGUUUGGGAAACUUGUUGAGACAAAUGUAGUUGAAAAAGAAUAGCGAGUCUCUUCCGCCUGGUCAUGUCUACCUUCGUACACAGUGAUGCUAUCGGAGUUGUUGUGGAGUUUAAACGAAAGGGCAAUUUUGGGUUUAUACGCCCAUCAGACAUGUCGGACCCUUGUCUUGAUGACAUCGAUGACGUGUUUUUUCAUAUCUCAGACGUUCCGAACAGAUCCAUAGAACCGGGGGACGAGGUAUGGUUUGAUUUGCAUUUGGGACCAAAAGGAUACUUUGCAAAAGAUAUUACGUUUCAAACUUCAGAUGAUGAGGAUUCCGUAUCUGAUUCCGAAGAGUAUUUUUUAGAGGAAGGUGUACAAGGGGUUGUUACGCAGUACAGAGAAAGAAGUCGUUUUGGUUUCAUCCACGUGAAUGACACUUACAGCAAAGUAUUCUUUCAUAUCUCAAAAGUUGAAGGGGAAGACAUCGAAGUUGGAGAUAAAGUGGAGUUAGAUUUGUAUUUGGGACCCAAGGGAUACUUUGCAGAAGGUAUCACGUUUCCAACUUCAGAUGAUGAGGAUUUCGUCGAGUCAGGAUCCGAUUCUGAGGAACUUAUUCAGGGUGGUGUUCAAGGGUUCGUAACGCGCUAUGGAACAAAAAGUCGGUAUGGAUUCAUCCACGUCAAUGACACUUUCAACAAAGUGUUUUUUCAUAUCUCGGAAGUGUCGGGGGACUACAUUGAAGUCGGAGACGAGGUCGAGUUCGAUCUGUGUGUUGGUCCAAAAGGAUACUUCGCUGAGACGAUCGAGGUUCUGAAUUUGGAAUCGGGUGAUGACGAUUCUGACUCUGAGUCCGACGCUGAUGACGAAACUGCUAAUGAGGAGACACUUCUAGCUAGUAACGCAACUGGCGUGGUUAAGCGUUACCUAAACAGACGCCGCUUUGGAUUUAUUAAGAGUGAUCAUGGUGAUACGACAUAUAACAAGAUCUUCUUCCAUAUUUCUGCAGUCUCGUACCAACCCGUGGCAAUCCAUGAUACAGUGCAAUUCGAUUUGUACGUCGGACCCAAAGGAUACUUCGCAAAAUCAGUCACGUUUAACUCUCCAACAAGGGUAGACACUGACUGCACUGAAAUAGGUUUGGGUCAAAACGUAGGGUCUCUUGGCGGGUACAAUCUUCUUCAAGGAACAGAGAAGAAAAACGAUCAUAAAGAAAGUACAGCAAAUUACUCGUCAUGUGCUGGUUCGACCGGUACAACAAACUUUGAAACCUCUCGGAUAUCAAGAGAAAAGGGGAACGCUUUCUUCAAGCAAGCACGUGAGCAUGACAGUGGCAAGAGCAAAAUGGCUUACUACCUUAAUGCUUUGGAGUGUUACAAGAAGGCUUACACAAGUUCCUCAAAGGAUGAGGAUUUGGUUUCAGCCGCUAAGAAUACUGGCACUACUUGUUGGAAGCUCGCUAAACUCAAGAUGGAGGAGAAUUCCUCUGAGCUGAAGGUGGUUCAUGCGUAUUUCAAAGAUACACUGCAGUAUUUCAAGAUCGCUUACGUGAAAAGGAGCUGCAUGGUGGACGAGUGGUCGAAUCAUCUUGAGAAAUCCAUCAAGGAAUGUCUGAACGACAUCAAAGCAUGGGUUGCACCAAGAAAUGACCAAGAACGAAUCCGUGUCCUCAAAGAGUUUGUAGACUACAUGCCAGAAAGUGGAGCUAAAGUCAGCUGUUAUCUUCACAUUGCUAAUAUCUACUUCAGAAAUGGAAAGGAUGCUAUCAAGGAAAGGGAAUACAAUGGCUGUCUGAGGUAUGCAUAA